GGUUUUUCACAGCACGCAGAGAUUUGGGAUCGUUCAGAUCAGAGAGGAGACGCAGUAGAGUAGGAGCUGCGGUACCGGCACUGUAUAUUCAGCGCAGGAGAGUGCGGUUGCCGCAGUACAUUUAGGAUUUUCAGUUCUUCCACCCCGUGGUCGGUGCCAUGUCUUCUCCCUAGUGCCCCGAGCCUUGCUGGAUUAUCUAGGAGAGCACCUGGCCGCUUUACUGUAGACUGUGGAACUGAGUGGCACCUGAAGGAUCGCUACUAUGCCUAUGGAGCUUAUGCAGAACAGGAUCAAGAAGAUCUGGCUGCCCAGGGAUGAGAUGCCCGAGGUGCCCAUCAAUGUAGGUGGACCCCAACUUGCUAACUCUCCUACUGUGAUUGUAAUGGUGGGAUUGCCUGCUCGUGGAAAGACCUACAUUUCUAAGAAACUGACUCGUUACCUCAACUGGAGUGGAGUUCCUACAAAAGUGUUUAAUGUUGGGGAGUACAGACGAGAAGCUGUUAAAGACUUUAGCUCCUUUGACUUCUUCCGUAUAGACAACCAGGAAGCCAUGAAAGUCAGAAGACAAUGUGCCUUAGUUGCUUUAGCAGAUGUGAAGUCUUACUUAACCCAGGAAGGUGGACAAAUCGCCGUGUUUGAUGCCACAAAUACAACAAGAGAUAGAAGAUCAAUGAUAAUCGACUUUGCCAAAGAAAACGACUUUAAGGUGUUCUUUAUUGAGUCUGUAUGUGAUGAUCCAUCUGUUAUUGCCAGCAAUGUUAUGGAAGUUAAAUUGUCCAGCCCAGACUACAAAGGUUGCUCAUCAAAAGAAGCACUAGAUGACUUCAUGAAAAGGAUAAAUUGCUACAAGAACAUGUAUGAACCUCUUGAUCCAGAUAAUCAUGACAGAGAUCUCUCUAUGAUCAUUGUCAUUGAUGUUGGCCGAAGAUUUUUGGUGAACAGAGUACAGGAUCACAUUCAAAGCAAGAUAGUUUACUAUCUCAUGAAUAUUCAUGUCCAGCCCCGCUGUAUAUACUUAUGUAGAGCUGGUGAAAGUGAGAGCAACGUCCAGGGAAAAAUUGGUUGCGAUUCUGGUUUAUCACAACGGGGGAAAAAGUUUUCAUUUGCACUGAAGAAAUACAUUGAGGACCAGAACUUAAAAGAGCUGAAAGUCUGGACUAGUCAGCUGAAGAGAACCAUUCAAACAGCUGAAGCUCUGAAUGUACCCUAUGAGCAGUGGAAGGCAUUAAAUGAGUUGGAUGCGGGUGUGUGUGAAGAAAAGACCUAUGAAGAGAUAAAAGAGCAGUUUCCAGAGGAAUAUGCAUUACGUGCGCAGGAUAAAUAUCACUACCGCUACCCAUCAGGGGAGUCCUACCAAGAUCUAGUGCAGCGUCUGGAGCCAGUGAUCAUGGAGCUGGAGAGACAAGGGAAUGUCCUAGUUAUUUGUCAUCAGGCUGUUAUGAGAUGCCUCCUGUCUUAUUUUCUGGAUAAAUCUGCAGAUGAAAUGCCGUAUCUCAAGUGUCCACUGCAUUCAAUGCUUAAAUUGACCCCACUUGCAUAUGGAUGCCGCAUUGAGACAGUCACUUUCAGCAUUGAUGCCGUCAACACCCAUGUGGACAGACCAGAGGAUUGUAAGAAAGGUCCCGCUCCACUGAUGAGACGCAAUAGUGUCACACCUCUUGCAAGUCCUGAACCAAACAAGAAACAACGGAUCAACAGCUUUGAGGAUCUUGCAUCUGCCCUGGCAGGUUGUGCAUCUCAGGAACCAUCUACUGUGCAAACUACACAGCCUUUGCUAGGGAAGGCUUGCCUGGCAUAAGUGAACCUGAUCUUCACGGACAGUUUAAGACCUGUCAAGUCAACAAGUGAUCAUCUUGUCCCUUUCUGCGUUCCGUGCUCCAUUACUAAAGCUUGUCUGCAGAUUUCUUCUCUUUGGACUCAAGUGUUCGAGCCUGCAGCUGCUUAUGUCUGAACGCAUUAAAUCAAACUGGAAAAGCAGAUAAACACCAAAGGGUUUUGUUUUGUUCUUAGUUCCUUCUCCUACCAAGAGUUGGGCAUGGAGCCUCCGAGUCAUUUCAGUUAUGGGGUGCACAGCUGGAGCUGCUUGUACGCCGACAAAUCUCGUCUUGUGUAAUUAUGUUUUACUUCUGUUUUUAUUAAUGUUCCAUUUUGUAGUUAUUGCCCAGUUGAUUUUUAUUUUAUACGGUUUUAGAUGAGUAGUGAGUAAUUACUUAAAAACGAAUAAAAAGCUUAACACCCUUCCUUCCCCAUUGUGAAUGCCCUGAAACAUUCUGAUAUAUUGAGUAUGCUUUACCCUACUAUCCUAUGUGUGACAUUCACACUGUGGUACAGGGUGCAGCUCCAGAUUGCUCUUACAUGAAGCUUAAAUGGACUCUUCCUGCUCUUGCAGCCCUAUCCCAGGUAGUCUAGCUUGCUGUAUUGAUGCAUGCAUAGGCAGAAGUGGUCAGCCUUUUGAGCCAUAUAUCAUGUCUCCAUGUGCCUCAAUGGGAAUAUUAUCAUAUUCUAUGGUAAAAAGAAUGGAGACUCUUAUAUGUCUCCCCAAAAGCUGCUAGUAGAGAACCGUAUUCAUUGACUGCUUUCUAUAGCCCGAGCUUUCUGGAGCUGCUUCUACUGCUAAAGCCUUCACUUCUAGGCACACACACACUUUAUAAAUGUGGCACCAGGAUCAGCCAUAUCGUUGUGCUCUUCUGGCUGAAUCCUUGAAGAGCAAAAUGAUCUAAAUAGUUUGGAGGGAGGAUUAUAUUUUUGUACGGUUUGACUUUAUCUCAAAGAUGCAUAUUUGCACUUUAAUGUUUGACAGGGUAGUGAGUUUCAGAUGAUGCUUAGAAUUCAUGGCGUGGACAAAUGUGCCGGGACUGACUCCUUUUAAUCAGGGAUGCUCAAUCUGCGGACCUCCAGCUGUUGCAAAACUACAACUCCCAGCAUGCCCUAGUAGCUGUAGGCUGUCUAGGCAAGCUGGGAGCUGUAGUUUUGCAACAGCUGGAAGGCCACAGGUUGGGCAUCCCUGCCUUAGAUGAAGUCCAAUAUUCCAUCAGACGCCUAGAAAUACAAUGGCAAAGUGUUUUUCAUAUGUUGAUCCAAAUUGCUACGAGAGCCACCAUUGCGGUUGCACUGGGAAUGAUUUAUUGGACUGCAUAUUUGGAUUAUAUAGUCAUCCAAUAGAAAAGUGUGGAACUUGCAGUUUUGCAGGUCCACGACAGUUGACUGUGGCCUGCAAUAACACGUUUGUGUGGAAUUUUCUGUGCGUAAUAAUAAUGUUUGACUGGAAAAUUGUUUUUUUACUUUUUUGAUGUUUUGUUUUAAAGAGGAUAUGUCACCAGGAGUCACAAUGCAAAUGGCAUACAUUGUUAAACCGAUCUUGGAGCUGAUGAAGCUGGUGUACUUGCUUUGAAAGUCCAUGUCAGAUGUGUUGUCUAAUAGUUGUUUUUGAAAAUUAAAUGUUUUAGGAGUUCAGGUCAUAAAAAUUGUAAAAAAAUAAAAUAAAUAAAUUAUGCAGCCAUUCUGACGUGGAUAUUCAAAGCAAGUACACCAGCCUCGUCAGGUCUAGGGGAUCUAUGUAUGCCGUUUGCAUUGUGAAAUCUGGUGACAAAUCCUCUUUAAGAUAAUUUAAAUUCUUCAGUUAUAUAGAAAUAUAAGGAGAUCACUCUCAAUGUCACCAGAGGCCACUGGAUAGUGCAUGUGCAUACACAAGGAUUUUGUUAAUGUUGGGUGUUGUUUACCCAUAUCCAUAGAUCUGCAAAUGUUCUACAUAUAAUCCAGUGAUCUCUGGGUCCACCUUUCUUUUAAAUGCACCCAUGGGUACAUGGGUCAUGUAAUGGUUAGUGGCAUUGUAUUGACGUCUGACCAGCACAGUAAACUAAAUUACCCCCAUCAGGGGGGUUUAACAUUUAUUGUGUUUUAUGCUGGUCAUUCCUCAGUUUCUAGGUGCUCUUGGCUUUAAAUAACUAUGUAUUUCUAGUACUGGAAUGCAUUAAUGUUACAGGAGACCAACAAUUUUUUUUAAAUUGUUUUGUUAUUAAGACUCAGUUUUUUUUAUUCUGUUUUAGGUAUGCUAUUUAUUUAUUUAAUGUUGUAAGUUCAGCUUAUGCUCCCAUUACAUUUGUGACAUGUUAAUUAUAUCUUUGUGUGUGUAUUUGUCUGGUACGAUUGCCUAAGAGAAACUAUGUCUGCUGAUACAAGACAUGUCUUUCAGAUAUUUGUAUAUUUUGCAGUUGCUGGACCAAUAAAAUUAAAACACUUAGAAUAAUGUAUUUUUA